AUGUUACAGCUGAAGCAAGACCUGUCGCUGUUUCUCCGAUGCAACGUUGGUAAUGGGACCAAAGCGUUGUUCUGGUACGACUAUUGGACUAAGUUAGGUCCUUUAAUCCUCCUCUUAGGUUCAUCCGGGCCAAGAUCUCUUAGGAUUCCUCUCUCAGCCACAGUCUCUCAAGCUGUUCGUAACGGUCACUGGAACCUGCCUCCGGCGCGCUCUGAAAAUGCUCUGACCCUUCAGAUUAUUCUAUCUACUAUGUCGGUUCCAUCUGCAACUAGCACCGAUGACGUGUAUUUGUGGAGGCAAGGUACUGGUGGUUUUGGUCCAUCUUUCUCAUCGAGGGUUACUUGGGAGAGAAUCCGUGUUCCUAACCCCCCAGUUGAUUGGCACAAGGUGGUUUGGUUUAAGGACGAAGUUCCUCGGUAUUCCUUUAUCACUUGGACUGCUUUCCUUGGUAGAUUACCAACCCGAGAUCGUCUAAUCUCUUGGGGACUUCAAGUUCCGCCAGGUUGUGUCCUUUGCUCUCUGGCUGAUGAGUCUAUUAGUCAUUUAUUCUUCGAUUGUUCUUUUGUGGUUGCUACUUGGAGUCGUUUUUGUGGCAGGUACAUGGCGUCUCCACCGGCAUCACUAGCUGCAGUUGUUAGCUUAUGUCAGAACCUCCAGGGCCCUCAUGCUCCGCGCGCAGUAGCGGUUUUGAAGCUCCUCAACCAGGUCGUCAUCUACUCCCUUUGGCGUGAGCGGAAUGCUCGUAUCUUCAAAGGCGUCUCGACAUCUCAGGAAGCUACUUUCAGGGUGGUCGAUCGAGCAAUGCAUGAUAGGCUCCUAUCUGUGCCUACGACCGCAGCGUCUGCUCGCUAUCCUUCUCUUCUUGAGCUCUAUUUCUGCUUUAUCUCUCCUUAUAGUUAA